AUGGAGCGGGUUAAGAGUCAUACCAAAACGAAAAUCCAAGAACGUAUCAAUAAAAAGCGCCUGGAAGCAAUGCGGCUAGCAGGUACAUUAGCUUCCCAACAGUUUCACACUGGUGCACCACAUCAACAAACAAUGGUAGCUGGCCCUGUGCAGUAUCAGGAUCAACUGGAAUCAUACGCUGGCAGUAGCAAUUCAGUCACCGGCGAAGGACAGAUGAGUGCCCAGAGUUAUGUAGGCUUACCAGCCGCCUAUGAGGGGCGGCAAUCCAUGGAGACCGGUAAUCCUGUCGUGAGCGUUCAACAAAUGCCUCAUCAGAUGAGAUAG